AUGAGUGAAGAAGGACCCCAAGUGAAGAUUAGGGAAGCCACGAAGGACAAUGUGGACUUCAUUCUGUCGAAUGUGGAUCUGUCGCUGGCCAACUCGCUGCGGCGGAUCAUGAUUGCGGAGAUCCCGACGCUGGCCAUCGACUCGGUGGAAAUCGAGAGUAACACAUCGGUGCUGGCAGACGAGUUCAUCUCGCACCGGCUGGGGCUGGUGCCGCUGCAGAGCAAGGACAUUGACCAGCUGGUGUACUGCCGGGACUGCUUCUGCGAGGACCACUGUGACCGGUGCUCGGUGCUGCUGACGCUGCACGCGGUGGGAGAGAGCGAGUCGACGACUAACGUGUACGCGAAGGACCUGCAGAUUGUGAGCGACCUGGGGGGCAAGAACAUCGGGCACCCGAUCAUUCAGGACAAGGAGGCGAACGGGGUGCUGAUCUGCAAGCUGCGGAAGGGCCAGGAGCUGCGGCUGAAGUGCGUGGCGAAGAAGGGCAUAGCGAAGGAGCACGCGAAGUGGUCACCCGCGGCAGCGAUCGAGUUUGAGUACGACCCGUGGAACAAGUUGCGGCACACAGACUACUGGCACGAGCAGGACCCGGAGGCGGAGUGGCCGCACUCCAAGAACUGCGAGUUCGAGGACCCGCCGAACGAGGAUGACCAGUUCGAUUACAGCGCCAAGCCCAACACGUUCUACAUGAACGUGGAGAGCGUCGGGAGCAUCCCGUCUGACCAGGUGGUCAUCAGGGGCAUUAAGACUUUACAGGAUAAGGUGGCAGACAUCCUCUUCUCGCUCAAGAAGAUGGACCAGGAUAAGGUUGCGUUCGGCGGUCCGACCGGCGAUGCAGCCCCGAUGGAGGUUGACCAGGACCCCUACAGCGCCACUAGCGGGCGGUUUAAUGAAUAUAACGACAACGCGCAUGCCGCGUAUGACGACGCAUGGUGA